CCCUCGACAACUUCAAGACACCCAAAAAUGACGAAACGUACACGCAAGGCUGGUGUCACCGGAAAGUACGGAACGCGUUACGGUGCGUCCCUGCGUAAGCAGGUGAAAAAGAUGGAAAUCACCCAACAUGCGCGCUACACUUGCACAUUCUGUGGCAAGGACUCCGUGAAGCGUCAGGCUGUAGGGAUCUGGAAGUGCAGCGCCUGCCGGAAAGUCAUUGCCGGCGGCGCAUGGACUGUUUCCACGACAGCGGCUGCCACCGUUCGCAGCACGAUUCGUCGGUUGAGGGAGAUCACCGAGGCUUGAACUUUUCAGUGCCUUGUCGCUUUUCUGCAUGCUUUCUCUUCCUUGUUGUUCUUUCUACGCACUCCCAUAGGCAACCAUGACCAAUAUGCCAUCAUACAUCCCAGUCCGAUUCGUCCUGAACCUCCAAUGAAACGUCGACGGAUGGCCUCAGCAACUCGACUUCUUUGUGGCAUAUCGAUCUAUCUUGUGAUGCUCACCGGCAGGCUCUUGCGUAAACUUGGCCUCAUCCUAGCCUGUGUUCGUGAUGUUGUUUAUAUUCGGGUAUCUGGACAGUGAGAAUAUAACGCACAGCUACA